AUGGCACCAUCAUCACUCCCGACCUUACCUGGACCGAGUCAACGGAAACAGAACCUGGCAUGUGAUAGUUGUAGAAGGAGGAAAGUACGGUGUUUGAGAACAGAUAAAACUCAAAUUUGCCAGCAAUGCAAUAGCAAAGGAGAAGAAUGCACGAACAACUACAUUGAUUCCCUGGCGCAGUCGAAAACGAAGAAGAGUCGUAAAUCCUCGAACGAGAAUGCAGAUGUAUCUUCAACUUCGAAGAAACGCACGAAGAGGAAUCAGCCGGAUGAGUCUCACUCGCAAAUCUCAAGAGAUGAUAACCGUGAUAUGGAUCUAAAAGACAGUGGAGUCGGUCGAGGAGAUAGUGCUCAUAUUACUUUAUCAAAGUAUGAGAUUGGAGAAACUAGUCGACAAGGUAGCUUAUCGAUGACGAGGAACAAUUCGAUGGAGUCGCUCCAUAUCUCUUCGCAGCUAUCUUCUGCACAACUACAUCCCUCCUUGCUCCCCGAACAACCACCCUCUAGUCUCUUCCCCACCAUAAACCACUCGAUUGGAAUGCCGUUGCCUGUCACCUCUGAAGCGUCGCAGCAGGCCAUGCUAGGAUAUCUCUUCUCUCCCGUCGCCAUCACCACUUCAGAACAUGGAUAUGACGACCUAUCCAGUAUCUCACUCUGUCGAGAGGGGCAGAGCGAUCUGUGGGAAGAACAAGAUGGGAAGGUAUGGUACGAAGAGCCUAGCGAAGCUCAUAAAUCCUUGAAUGAAGGAUCUAUGAAAGAUCUUAUAGACGAUCUGAUCGAAACAUUCUUUUCAAUUGUUCAACCGAGAUAUUCCUUGUUGGAUUCAACGAUAUUCAAAGCUCGUUAUGCAUCACCCUCGACUCACCCUCUAGGUCCAAUAUCACAUACUUUCCUAGCUAUCGUAAUGACCUACGGAGCGAGGUUCUCGGAUCAUCCAAUAUUCCAAUCUGAUAGAGAAGAAUGUUCGUCUCGGGAUGGCGAACCCUUCAAAGCCCGUCAGAGAAGUAGAUUAGUAGGUUUGAUGGUAAUCAGGACAAGAGCUGUAGCCGAACAUAACAGGAUUUACAGGAUACCUAGUUUGGAGAAUGCCAAUAGUUGUUUGUUCUUAGAACAUCUGCUAGGUCGUUAUCAGGCGACUUGGAUAUCAGCAGGGGUAAAACAUAUAUUCUCGAUGGGACUGAACUCUUCUCUGGAAUGGUCUAAAAUACAAGAUCCGCAAGUACGGCACGAAUCCUUGAACAUCGUAUGGAUCACAAGGAUGUCAGAAUCCAGUCGGGCCGCUCUUUAUAGAUUACAGCCAUCGCUAUCAACCGAAGACUUCGACAUCGAUCCUGUCCAACAUGCCAUGCUGAGUGAGGGAGCACCGAUAAUCGUUCCGUUAGGUGGGACGGAGCAUAACAUUGUUGAUCAAGCUACAUGGUUCCAACUUCACCGCACCAUAUGUUCGAUAACGUACACACUAGCCAAAUCACUUUGGGUCCCUUCGGUCGCCGCUCAUGGAAUCCCAUUUAAGAUUCUCCGGGAGUUCAUCCAUUCAUCUUCGAUAUGGCGAGACAAAUACCUAUCUUCAAUAGGUAUACCUACGAUUUGGCCAGAUAAUUGGGAUUUCCUUCAAGCCAUUAAUACAUGCACUUGUGAUUGUUAUUAUCAUGAUCUAUGGUUGAUCGUACAUAAAGCUAUUCAAGAUUUCGGUAUAAAAGAGGAAAAAUCCAACAACGGUGAUAGUAAUGGGAUCAGUAGAGAUCGAUUCGAGAUCGAUAAUAUCAAAAGAAGGAUAAAGGAAGAAGCUGAACAUGCUGCGUUGCGAAUAGCAGCUUUGACUGGUGUGUUGACUGAGAAUGGUUAUCUGAAAUUGGAUCCACUUAUAAUCAAUCACCCCAUAUACGCUGCCGGCGAAUACCUCGCAGCCCUGGGGCGAUCGGAAUACCUCAUUUGCGUAGCUGGUCUAAGACAAUAUGCAAUCAUCUAUCCAUCCUUAUGGGAUCAAGCAGAUAAGUUGGAUAGUAUAUAUCAAGAAGCCACCAAAACAGACUUACUCAAUGGAUUGACUAGUUUACCAUCUUCGCUUUUGACGGACGGUGUGGGGAUACCACCUAGAUUGGAUUUGAUGGAUUCGUUUGAAAGUUGGACAGGAAGUAUAUGGGGUAGUAACUCUCAGGUGAAUCCAAGUGAUAUCAAUUCGAGGGAAAACGCAAAUGUGGUUUCAGAUGUCAAUGCGAAUAUUGCCCAUUUGAAUGGUAGUGGCAACGUCAACGGCAACGAAACUCGGGUAGAUAAAUCAAUUAAUGACGAUACUGCUUUAAGAGGCGAAUUACCGAAUGGUAUUGAGGGUGAAGAUCGGAUGAGGGAAAAAGAAUCUGUCAACUUCGGGCAUUGGAUGGGAUGGUAG